AAACAGGCCUUCUUUUUUUCUUUUCUAUAUGCCUUUCUUUUCUUUUAAUUUUCAUGUAUACAUCUUUUUUUUUUUUGACAAAAAAAGAAAAAAGGAAAUUCGUUUAGAUUUCGAACCAAAUUUGUCUGCGUCUAAAACAUUCUCAACCUUUUAAUAAAGAAGAAGUUGCCAAAGCAAACCGCUGUCUGUAUCCGAUUCUAAGCACUCCCUUUAUUUAUUUAUUUAUUUUUUGGGCUUCUGAGUCGUCUUUGAGUAAUCAGAUAGAGAAGAAAAGAGAGAGGGUCACAAAGAAAAAGCUCUCAUGGGUAGGCCUCCGAGUAAUGGAGGCCCUGCCUUCCGCUUCACGCCUGCUGAGGUUUCGGAGAUGGAAACCGUUCUGCAAGAACACAAUAAUACAAUGCCUGCACGUGAGGUUCUUGUAGGUCUUGCAGAUAAGUUCAGUGGAUCUGCGGAUCGAAAAGGCAAGAUUACAGUACAAAUGAAGCAAGUUUGGAAUUGGUUCCAGAAUAGGAGAUAUGCUAUAAGGGCAAAAACAAGUAAAAAUCCUGGAAAGUUAAACGUGUCACCUAUGCCACGUGAUGAUUCAACUCCAGUUAGAGCUGUGCCUCAACCUAUAUCUGCUCCUUUACCUGCUCCUUCAGUUCCAGGAACAGGAAGGGGUACUCCAGAAAAUUCGGUGAUGGAGUUUGAAGCUAAAUCUGGGAGGGAUGGUGCAUGGUACGAUGUUUCUAACUUUCUGUCCCAUAGAUAUUUGGAGUCUGGUGAUCCGGAGGUAUUGGUUCGUUUUUCUGGUUUUGGACCUGAGGAGGAUGAGUGGGUUAACAUAAGAAAGCAUGUCAGACAGCGCUCGCUUCCAUGUGAAUCAUCAGAAUGUGUUGCAGUUCUUCCUGGCGAUCUCAUACUCUGUUUUCAGGAAGGUAAAGAGCAGGCUCUUUACUUUGAUGCCCAUGUACUUGAUGCACAAAGGCGAAGGCAUGAUGUAAGGGGAUGUCGUUGUAGGUUUCUUGUGCGUUAUGAUCAUGAUCAGUCUGAGGAAAUUGUGCCACUGAGGAAGGUUUGUCGACGGCCUGAAACUGAUUAUCGGUUGCAACAACUUCAUGCUGUGAAUGAGGCAGCAUCAGCGGAGCAGCAGAAAAGCAACAUGGAUCCCUUCACUGUCAGUGGUUUAAGGGCAGCCAUUACUCCUGCUGAAACAAUGCAAAAGCAGCAAAUUGUAGAAGCAGCACCAGCUGUUCCAGUUUUGCAUCCUAAUAGUUCUUUAACCACCCAAGCUCCUGUCCUGGAACCCAAAAAAGCUGAAACUAGCAUUGCUGUCAGUAUGGGGAAUUCUAAUGUUCCUCCUGUUGGCAAGACAAUCACCAAUAGCACUGUCACAAGCACCGUUCCUGGUGGCUCUGUAACAAGCACCGUUCCAGGUGGCUCUGUAACGAGCACCGUUCCUGGUGGCUCUGUAACAAGCACGGGUCCUGGUGGCACUGUAACUAGUGCGAUUCCUGGUGGCACUGUAACAAGCACAGUUCCUGGUGGCACUGUAACGAGCACCACUCCAGGUGGCACUGUAACCAUUCCCGGUGGCACUGUAGUGAGCACCAUUCCUGUUGGCACUGUAAUGAGUUCCAUUCCCAGUGGUACUGUAACAAGCACCUUUUCUGGUGGCACCGUGACAAGCACAGUUCCUGGUGGCACUGGAACUAGCAACAUUCCUGGUGGCACUGUGACAAGCACAGUUCUCAGUGGCUCUAUAGCAAGCACAGUUCCUGGUAGCUCCGGUGUUACAGUUCCUGGUAGCUCCGGUGAGACCAUGUCGGAAGGAAGAUAGUAGGUUUAAUCUGACAAUUUUGUGGUCCAUUACGUUGGAAAGUUAGGAAAAUUCCAGCAAAUUGGUUUUAAGAGCAAAGCUAACAGCUAAUGUCUCUUUCCAUGCUGGUAGCUAGUAAGGAAUGAGUUUUCAUCAUCAGCUUGUGAAUUGAGCAUAUGUUUCCCUGUAAACUAUAUCUGACUGACCAGAGAAGUUAGUUAAAAAGAGAAAUGAAAGCUUACAAUUUCGACGCCA